AUGUCGGAAAAGAACGCUGGCACUCAUACACCUCUUACCAAGGCUCAACUUGCGGCGCUGGCUAGCCGCAACUCCAACGUCAUGCGCCGGAAAGCCGCCGUGCAGGCUGCGAACAAGCCGCACAGUACCCGUGCGGCCGGUGCAGGCGGUAGCUCCAGCACGAUGCUUCGUCUCUACACGGAUGAUAACAAGGGUUUGACUGUCGACCCCUUCAUUGUUCUUGUGCUCUCGGUUGCGUUUGUGCUCAGUGUGGUGCUGCUGCACAUCUUCGGCAAGGUUGCUCGCUACUUUACCAAGUAG